AUGCCGAAGAGUGUUAGCUCUCUGCGUAAGCGACUUCACCCUUACAUGGCCAUUUGUCCGCGUGCCAUUGUGAGGGAUAUCUCUGACGCAAUGGGCAUCGCCGAACAGUUUUUCAGAGAACCUUCCACCGACGACGGUGACAUAUCCUCUCCACACAUGUACCGCUGGUUGGCUCCGCUAAAAGCAUACCUGGAUGACAAAGAAAAUGUGGAAAUGGACCAGUCAGCAGUAUCGAACGGAGUUACGUCGGGAGAGUUCUCGGUCAACAUGAACGUGAGGAACUUUUCUCCGGAAGAGAUUUCUGUGAAGACUGUGGACAACUGCGUUGAGAUCCAUGCAAAGCACGAAGAGAAGUCAGACGAUCGUGGCUACUUCCAUCGAGAGUUUACCAGACGUAUCGUUCUGCCAGAAGACGUGGACCCAGAAUCAAUCACCUGCACUAUGUCUGCUAAGGGUUCCUUGCAGCUUCUGGCUCCGCGGAAGAAAGCCAUCGAGCGCAAAGAAAGGACUGUCCCCAUUUCUGUUCAACAUGUGAAGCGAGCCGUUGAAAAUGAUCCCAAACCGACGUCUUAA